AUGGCAACAGCAUCAUCGUCCGCUCCAAUACUCUAUUCAGUUUUGACAUCAUCUCAUGAUAAUAAUGAAGAUUUUGUUAAUCAAUUACGAAAUCAUCUUAAUCAGAUUGAAACUAAUGUUCAACUAUCUUUAAAUAAAAUUCAACAACGUAAAUCUUAUACAUCACGUAAAACAACGACAAAUACAGUUGAUUCAACAAUAAGAAAUAAUUUUUUGGAUAUACUCAAAGAUGUGGCAAUAAAAAAUAAUACACCAUUUAAUGAACCUUUCUUUCGUCAACAAAUUUUAGACAAACAAUCUUCAUCUCCAUCAUUAAAAGUUGAUGUUGUUCGAGCUAAACCAUCAAUUCCAAACGAUACUAAUGAUCAACAUUUAUCACCCGUUAAUAAUACUCGUCGAUCACAAUUUGCUCCUGUUCUUAGUAGUACACCAGUACAUCAAACAAGUCCAACUACACCUAUUCCAAUCAAUCUUACCAUGGCUACUCCAUCAGUUGCACCAGUUUUAAUGCUAAAUUCAAUUGAUCUUCCAGCUGCUCUUCCAUCAGCAAUUGUUCCACAACGAGCUAAAGUAGGACGUACAGCUGGUCGUCCGCCACGUAUUCCACGUGGUGAAUCAGAAACACGUCAAAAGAAGACUUCACCACCGAUAUUAAACGAGCAACAAGAAGAAAUAAUUGUGACAAAAGAAAUAUAUGUUUCAUCAAAACGUCAAAUAAAGUCCAAACAAGAAAUUAUUGAAGAUAAUGUUGAAAUUAUCAUUGAACGACAAAAUGAAAUUUUACCUGAUAUUAUUAAACAAGUACAAACAACUCCGUUGCGUGGUAGACCAAAAAAAAUUAUGCAAGAUAAUCUUAAUAUUAUUCCACAACUUGAACCACCACCACCGCCACCGAUUGAACAAGAAAAUGAAAUAAUAAUAAAGAAAACACGAGGUGGUGGAAGAAAUAAGAAGAAAGAUGAAAAACAGCAAGAAGAAGUUAAACCAACACGAACAACUUCAUUACGUAAUCGAAAUAAAAAACAAGAAGAAAUUCUCAUUCCAAAAGAAGAAAUUUUAGUACCUUCGAAAAGAACAACUAGAAAUAAAAAACUCGUCGAAUCUAUUAUCAAUACUGAACAAAAUCCACCAACAGCUAAAGUUCGUGCUACUCCAUCACGUAGUAAAAAGAAAGCAUCACUGGAAAUCUCUGAACCUAUAAUUGUAUCAUCACCGAAAAAACCAAUAACAAAAUCAAAAAAACGAAAAUGCAAUGACGAUACAAAUGAUGCUUCAGUUGAUAUUAUACAACCUUCAUCUCCGAAACGUCGUAUUGGUCGAAAUAGACGAUCUAAAAAUUCAUCACCUAUUGAAACAAUAAUAACACCAUCUUUAAUUGAACAAGAACCACUGCCACAACAACAACAGGAACCACCUAUGUCUACUCGUAGUAGUCGACGUGUGAAAAAAGAUAUUGAUAUUCCAAUAGAAAAACAAGACGAUGUUGUUUUGAAUAAAAAAACUCGAUCUGGUCGUGGAAAGAAAACUAAUGAACCGAUCAAUACUGAUAAUCCUAUCACCGUUGUAGAUGUCGUGAUGACAUCAGUUACUGUAUCGGCAUCAAUUCCAUCAUCAUCAUCAAUGAAUUCAUUAAUUUCAAAGCCACCUCGUCCACCAAUUGUACGAAAGCAAAAAAAAAGUUUUGCAAUAGCACCUCUACCGCAAACAUCUCCAACAACACCACCUAAAACAACACAACGUAUUCAAUCAACAUCACCUGUUAAUCAUCAACCAUUAUUACCAUUACCUGUUCCAACAAAUAAUAGUCGACGUCGUCAACCGCAACGUCGAGCAGUUAUUUCACCGAUUCGAGUAGAAGAAAAGCCAACUUUAGAAAUAUUACCAUCAAAUAAUCGUAAUCCAAAACGUACACGAUCAUCAGUAGCAACAACACCAAAACGAAUUCGUAGUGAUGAUCUUAUGAUAACAGCUGUACCUAGUACACCAGGUAGAAAACGAAAUAAAUGUACAUGUCAAAAACGACGAAAUAAAAUAUGUGACAUUUGUGCAGCAGCAAUUGAUAGUUAA